AUGGUGCUGGAGCUGGUCUACCAGAUCACAUGGAAGUUGAAAGCAAUAUACAGGUGCCAACGAGGGCGGCUCUGGGUCUUCUUCAGCCUCCUCAUCCUGCUCUUGUUCACGCUUCAAGUUGUGGAGAAGUUGCAGCCUCUCAGAAACUGUCGGUGUGAGGUGGAGCGUGCUCUGCAGCAGACUGUGGACCAUGGCCAGAAGGAGCUCAGCAAUGCCCUCCAGACCCCCAACCAGCUGUGGGGUGAUGAUCCCUUGCACUGGCAGAGGAGACCCCUGCCAGACCCUACUGUGGCAGAGAGCGUGCAGGACGUUUUUCAGAUGCAGCAGUACUUCAGCCAGGACUCCCCACUUGAAAGCAGCCUGGGCAGCAAAAAGGAGGGCUGGACGUGGCAGCCUGUGGAGAGCAGCGAGAAGGUGGAAGCCCAUCUUUCAUCCACAAGGCUGAAAUCCCAGUUUACUGGCCUGAGAAAAGCAACCCGAGAGGGUCCUUCUCCAACUCUUCCUGGGAGAAUCUCUGCAGUUUGGGGAGAUGAUGAUGAUGCUGUCACCAGCAAGUUCAUAUUCUUUACAAACAAGAUGACUGCAGAGGAGCACAGGAGAACGCCACCAUCAGAAAUGAUGCAGUUGGUGGUACAGAGCCAAUCUCAGCCCCAAGCCAUGGGUUCCCCCUACCAUCAGCAGAGCAGCUCACUUAAACAAGCUGUGCCAAAUUCAGCUCAACCUCCACAGGCAGAGGAUUUUUACAAGACAGACCUGGAGAGGGAAUUUUUCCCAAGCUGGACAGAUAUCUCUGAGGUUGAGGAGGUGACACCUGGAGAAGGCCAAAAGACCAGAGGGGUCUCCUUUCAAGGGGAGAAGUGUGAGCCCAAGACUGACAUUGUUUUCCUGAAAGUACACAAGAGUGCCAGCAGCACCGUCAUGAACAUCCUCUUUCGCUUCGGCGAGAUGCACAACCUCACCUUUGCCUUCCCCACUGGGGGUGGCAAUCAGCUCUUCUACCCACGCCACUUCUUAGCAACAUUCGUGGAGGGCUUCUCUCCGAGGAGCCCUCAGCGAUUCAACAUCCUCUGCCAUCACAUGCGGUUCCUGCAGCCAGAGGUGCAGAAAGUGGUGUCCAGCUCAGCUGUCUACUUCUCCAUCCUGAGGAAUCCUGUGCAGCUCAUGGAGUCCUCCUUCGUGUACUACAAGGGCGCAUCAGCUUUCUCCCGUGCUCACAGCCUGGAGGAGUUUCUCAGCCAGCCCUACCGCUACUACAACCCUGCAAAUGGUGACAGCCACUACGCCAAGAACCUCAUGACAUUCGACUUUGGCUUCAACCCCAAUGGAGAGGUCUCUGCUGAGCGGGUAGAACUCAUGCUGAAGGCUAUUGAGGCGUCCUUUGACUUGCUCCUCAUCUCCGAGUACUUUGAUGAGUCCAUGGUGCUGCUGAAGGAGGUGCUGUGCUGGGACCUGGACAGUGUUGUCUCCUUCCCACUCAACAGCAGGGACAGUAGCACCAAGUCCCCCCUCCCAGCCACCAUCAUGGAGAAGAUAAAGAACUGGAAUAGGCUGGACUGGGAAAUCUACACCCACUUCAACAGGACCUUCUGGGAAAGGAUCGAUCGAGACAUUGGCAGGGAGCGCAUGCAGCGGGAAGUAAAGGCCCUUCGGGAGAGGCGGGCAGAGCUGGCAAGGACCUGCCUGCAAGGGAUGGGCAGUGUGGUCCCUAAGGACAUCAAGGACUCUUCCCUGAGGCCACUGCAGCAUGGCAGUGCAAAGAUCUUGGGCUAUAACCUCAAGCAGGGCUUGGACAAGGAGACAGAGCACAUGUGCCGGCGGCUGGUGACCCCAGAGCUGCAGUACAGCAGUGCGCUCUACAAGAAGCAGUUUGCCCAGAAGCAUUCCCAGACCAAGCAGCCUGCUCCCUCUCUGCAGGGCAAUGCUGUGAGGCACAGGCUGGAGGGCACCCAAAACUGA